AAAUGUGGGCGGUUUCCGAACGCAAUUUAAAGCGCCAGUGUGUGUAUGUGUGUGACAUUUCAUACAAAAAUUUGACAGAAGGUGGAAGUAAAUAUUGAAUAAAAAUGUGUUUAAUUAUAUCCUGAACAAAAAAUAAUUGACAAUCUCAAAUUACUUGACUGACACUUUACCACAUUACGAUAACAAUGAAAAUAAUUUACAAGAACCAUUUUACUACGUUUUUUCACAAUCUGCUGAUUUAAUCAUCUUAUUUUCCACAUCAGGGAGAAUGAAUAUAAUGCGUAAAUUGCGCGUAAGUGCAAGUGUUAGCGUGAUGGGUUCGACAGGUAGUGGAAAUUUGGAUGAUUGCUCAGGUGGAGCGAAUCCUCAGCACACUGCACUUGGUCUCAUGCAUCUUAAAAAACUCUUUAUGGAAUAUAAUCAUCUUCCUCACAAUCUUUCUGAUUCUGAACGUGAUGACAAACUUUACAACAUGUUACCACUUUUUUGCAAGGUAUUUGGAUCUAGUCCUUCUGGCGAUAUGAAUGAGAAAUUUUGGGAUAUUUUGCCAUUCACUCAACAAGUAUCAAAACUUAUGGUAUCAGAAAUUCGACGACGAGCAAGUAACCAAAGUACAGAGACGGCGAGUUGUGCUAUUGUUAAAUUUCUUGAAAUUGAAAAUAGCGAAGAGUCAAGCAAUGGAUGGAUGUUACUUUCAGCAUUAAAUUUAUUAGCAGCUGGCGAUACAUCAUUAAUACAGGCAAUGACAACUGCGUCAAUACCAUCAACUUUAGUGAAAUGUCUCUAUUUAUUUUUUGAUUUGCCUGAAAUGAGUGAAGAAGAAGCCGAUGUUGCCGAUGCAAACAGUGAAUUUACGCCAAGAGAACGAAGAAUAUUACUACAAAAAAUAUUCGUUCAGUUAUUAGUGAGACUUUGCAGUCAUCCAUAUCCAGCGGAGGAACUUGCAAGAAAAGAUGAUUUAACGUUACUUUUUUCAGCGAUUACAAGUUUAUGUCCUCAGUAUAAUGUCAUGUGGCGAAAAAGCGCUGCUGAAGUACUUAUGACAUUAUCAAGACACGGCCUCACACAAAAUGUCGUUUCCUACAUUCACAAUAAAGGUUGUAUAGCCCUCUGUAUUGAUAAUAUGCAACGCGUACCGGAAUUGGCACCAUUGGAAGUGGUUGAAAUGUUUGUCACAGUUUUUUGCUUUCUAAAAGACUCGAGCGAAGUUUCACAAAUGCUUUUAGACGAUUUCCGUGCUUGUCAGGGUUACAUCUUCUUGUCCGAGUUUCUUUUAAAACACGCACCCUCGAGAUUAGAACAAGACAAUAGAGCGGAAGCGCAAGAUGCAAUUAGAAAUUUAGUAUUAAUGCUUGCAUCAUUGACAAUGUGUGGACACACAGAGUUGAAACCCAGUCAAGCGAGUAUGGGUUCUCUUUUUCAAAUGUUCGGCUUCACUUUGCCACAGCCAAGCAAUAGAGGUGGGAGUGUCCGUAACAUUCAAGCAUUUCAGGUACUUCAAUCAGUAUUUGUAAAAUCUAAUUCACCUCUUUUGUGUUGCACGAUACUUGAUGCGAUCUCAAGUGUAUAUCAUAGUGACAAUGCGAAUUAUUUUAUCCUCGAGGGACAAAAUACAUUGUCACAAUUCGCUGAGAAGAUACAUUUGAAGAAUCUCGAAAUUCAAGAAAAGUUCUUUCAACUUUUGGAAUUCAUUGUUUUUCAAUUAAAUUUCGUGCCUUGCAAGGAACUCAUAUCCCUCUCGAUAUUAUUAAAAACAAAUAAUUCCAUUAGUUGCAGUAUUAUGUGCAUGGAAACUCUUAUCAAUAUUCUCAGGCACAAUACAAUAUUUAAGGAUGUAUACAGAGAAGUUGGUCUUUUGGAAGUUUUUGUUACUUGUCUACAUCGAUACGCUACUCUUUUGAAAGAUAAACAGGCUGCUCAUGAUGAGGGUUCGGAAUAUAAAAUAAGUGCAGAUGAUGAGAAAUUAGGUGCCUUGGUAAUGGAAGCACUGACAACAUUAUUGGCAGGCAAUGUUCAAAAUGCAAAUGUUUUUCGUGAAUGCAGUGGUGCUCGAUGCGCUCACAAUCUUGUACCCUACACUGAUUGUCGUUAUCAAGCCCUUGGAAUUGUUCGCGAAUUAAUUCUCACGGCUGGCGGUGAUGAUGAUAUGGCCACAUUACUUGGCGUUAUGCAUUCAGCGCCUCCUUCUGCUCUUGUAUUGAAAACACACAUUUUAAAGUCUUUGUUGGCUUGUCUUCGUGAAUCACAUCGUACAAGAACAGUUUUUCGUAAAGUCGGUGGAUUUGUAUACGUAAUGUCGGUUCUUGUAUCAUUGGAAGGACAACUUGGCAUCAAUGAAGAGACAAUAAUUCAGCGAAGCAGUCAAGAUGAAUCACAAUUACUUACAUUGUUGCAUGUUGUUUUUCAUACAAUAAGUACUGCCAUGCGUUUUGAGCCGGCAAAUGCAAAAUUUUUUCAUCAUGAAAUUUGUCAAUCAAGUUUAUGUGAUACAUUAAGAUUAUUGGGAUGUUAUACAACAAGAACGAGACUUUUUGAAACUGAUGUUGCAACAACUCAUAAUUAUCAUAAUAUUCUCCUUGCAUUAUUUACUGGAAGUACAUUGGAGCCAAUAUUUCCAAGUGAAAUUCCACAAAAACUCGGCUACGCCUGUCUAUUGCUUCGUCUUCUUUAUGAUGUUGCUCUUGAUGCUUUUGAUAAGCCAAAUUUAGCUGGUGUUGGAAUGCGAUCGCCUAGUCAUCGACAAAGUAGCAUUGAACAUCCAAAAUAUGUUGAUUCACCGCUUGCGGCAAAACGUAGUACAGCAAAUUCAUUGAAUUUAAGUCCACCAACGCCUGAGCCAAUUGUCGUUCAUCCGGGAAUUGUUAUUGGAAUGUUACAUCUUUUGCCAUCGAUAAUUAAUGAAUCACAGCCUGAAAUUGCACUUGCAUUACAAUUGUAUGUGGCUGAAGUUAUUAAGAGUUUGGUACGCUCCGAAAGAAAUCAACAAAUAAUGUGCGAGGCUGGAAUGGCUGGUGAAUUAUUGACAAUGGGACGUAUGGCAUUACAGGAUGAGACACAUCCUUUACAUCAACCAUUGCAAUAUAUUAUUGAACGACUCGCGGCUCAAGCAUUAGAACCUCGGGAUUUAAGGGAAUUUCUUCGAUUAGGUGAUCCAUUGUGUUGCAUAUCGUUGGAUGAUAUUGAUCCAAAUAAACCGCGUGGUGGUCCAGUUCCACUUACGCGAAUCAAAACUCUUGUAUCAAUGACAACGCCCAAGGAUUUUCGUGCCCAUGGCUCUUGUACUUUACCGCCAUUUGUUGAAUUUGAUAUGAGCGCCGAGGGUUUUGCUUGUUUAUAUUUGCCAAGUGUUGCACCACAAAGUACAACGCCACCCACAGUUGUUUCGGCUGAUAACAGCGUUGUCGGUGGAAUUGGAUCUGGUGACAGACCAUUCCCGCCGCAAACGGGAUUGACAUACAGUACCUGGAUUUGUGUCGAUAAAUUUAGUGAUCCCAGAACAGAUCCACACUGCGUGAGACUAUUGACUCUAGUGAGAAGUGUUUCAUCGUCAAAGGACUUGAUUUGUCUCACGGCUGUUUUGAGUGCCAGAGAUAAAGCCAUUAUCGUUUCAACACAAGAGACUCCAUUGCCCCAAAAUAUUGGCGAAUGGGAGCCAGAAGGGACAGAAGAAUGCGGAGCAAGAGUUUGGUGUCCAGAUUUGCUUCAUGAAGGACAGUGGCAUCACAUUGCAAUCGUUCUUAAUCGUGCUGUAUUAAAAAAUUCAAGUUUUUCCCUAUAUUUAGAUGGACAACAAAUUUAUAGUCAAAAACUUCAUUAUAUUUCACAAACACCUGGAGGGGGAGCGGCAAAUUUAACAAUUGCUCCACCUGUUUAUGGCUACAUUGGAACGCCACCAUGUUGGCGUCGAUAUUCAAGAUUAACUUGGAAACAAGGUCCAUGUCAUCUUGUUGAAGAAGUUUUUAAUCCUCACAGUAUUGCAACUUUAUUUAAACUUGGUCCCCAUUAUAUGGGCAGUUUACAAGCUCCACAACUUGUCGGUCCGGAACCACUUUCGCCUUUGGUGGCUGAAGAAAAAGUUGUCUUUGGCUUAAACGCAAAAGCAGUUUCCCAAUUAACAUUAGCGAAAAUUAGAAAAGUUUACAGAAGAGCCGAUAAUAAAGCCAUUGCCAAACAGCUUGGUAUGUCCUCGCAUGAAAAUGCAACUCCAAUUAGAGUGUUGCAUAAUUCAGCUGGACAUUUGAGUGGACCAGCGAGAUGUUUGGGUGGCGUUGUUGUUGGAUACCUCGGUGUUCGUGUUUUUAGUCCUCGACCCGUUGCAAUUAUGAUUGAUAAUGUUGGAGGAUGUUCUGUUUUGUUAGGAAUGAUAGCAAUGAUGCAGGAUGUGGAGUCUCUUUAUGCGGCUGUUAAAGCUUUAGUUUGCGUUGUACGAUCGAAUCAAGCGGCACAACAAGAAAUGGAUCGACGUAGGGGAUAUCAAACAUUGGCAAUGUUAUUGAGACGAAAAUGUCCUCUUCUUAAUAGUCAUAUUCUUCAUUUGACAUUUAGUUUGGUUGGAACUGUUGAUAGUGGACGUGAAACAAGUGCCAUUCCAAAUGUCACUGCUUUUCAGGAUCUUCUCUGUGAUUUACAGGUUUGGCAUGAAGCGCCUGGUGAAUUAUUGCGAUCAUUAUUGGAGCAUUUAUAUGAGCUUAUUGCAGACUCUAGUGAAAAACGGACAAAUUUACGAUUAAUGAGAGAUUUGCAACUUGUUCAUAAAUUAUUACAUAUACUCGGUGAAGUUAAACAAAAUGCAACGAGACAAGUGCUUUUGGCUUUGCUUAGUAUACUUCUUAGUCAGCCACGACAAGCCGAUCUUUUAUGGUUUGGACAGUAUAUAGUGUCGACAUUGCCUUUAAUUUCGGAAAAGCAUUUAGUACCACGUGAAGGUGAGGGAAUAAAAGAAGGUGAAGGGGAAAAUAUUCUUCUUCGAAAUCGAUGUUUACAAUUAUUGCAUUCACUUUUGUACAAUGGUUCCAAAUUAAAUGCAAAUAUGUGCGAUGAAGUUGCAAAAGUUCUUGGAUUAGAUUGGAUUUUAUUAUUCCUUCAGUCUGGUCUUCAUAGUAGCACUGUUGUUUGGGGUUUGAGAAUUUUAGUCGCCGUUUCUUCGGUACAAACAAUUUUACAAAAAUUCAAAGAUGGAACAAGUAAUGGCGGUUGGCUGAGACACACGGAUCAUAAUAAAGUCGCUUUGGCUCUUGGCUGUAUUCAACAAGUUACGGGAGGUGAGAAUAAAUCAGCGGGUCUUCAUGUACCGGGAUUUCAGCAUCUUGGAUGGUUAUUACCACAGCAUGUGGAUCUUGUGCCGGAGCUAUAUUUUCUUUUUAUUGCAUUAAUGAUGGGUCAACCGAUAAAACUUUUACCAGCCGAUUCGACACUUGAUCUUGACAAUGUUUGGAAUUUUAUGUUUGGCAUUCCGGCAAAUCAUUCAUUAUCAUCGUACGCUAGUCGUAUUAAUCUCUGUCCAGAGGCAAUUGUCACACUAUUGACAAUGGUUCGAACAAUGGUGAAUCGUUAUACAAAUUCACCUGAUACAUUGCCUGAUUGGUUGAAUGAUUAUCCUGUGACAAUUAUUCAAUUUCUCUUUUUUCUUUAUCAUAAUUUAACGGAUUUUAUGCAAGUUUUUAUGUCGGCUGAGGUAUUGGGUGGACUUGCGGCAACACUUUUUCCAAAAGCAAUGAGUUGCAGUCAAGAGAGUAGUGGAGCAAGUACACCGGCUGAUGAGGAACCAGUACUUGUACGUUCACCAUCAAAGGAUGUUAGUUUGACAAAUCAUUUGGUGCGUAAAUUUGUUAUGGAUUUUUUGCGUGUCAUUGUUGUUGAUUCAUUAUCAUUGCCAGUGACGGCAAAAUCACCGCCAGCAAUUGAUUUGGUAUUGGAGGCAUGGCCGGAACAUGCAUCAACUGGACAGCAAACUACUUAUCAAACUGAGAUAUUAUCAAUAUUAAUGGAUCAUCUUUUGGCGGCUGAUGUACUUAUUGGUGAACAAGCAGCACUUCCAGUUGUUCCUGGUGGAUCAAUAAAUAAUAUUACUAAUAAUGUUUGUUACGUUGCGGCACGAAUUGUCGAUAAAUUAUGGCAGGGUUCAUUGACAAAGGAUCCACACGAGGUGUUUGAUUUUAUUGUUAAAUUAAUUGGACAGGCAAAACGACGACCUGGUGCUGUUAGUAUGGAGGGGCUUCAUCAUUGUUUAAAUCGAAUAAUUCUUUUUCUUCUAUCACGUUCAACUGAAUCAACACCAGAUCAAAUGGCAGUAUUGCAAGCACUUCAUAAAUUAACAGAACAUCGGGUAUUAGUUUUUGGCGCUGGUAAUCAUGAAUUGGAAUUUAUUGGUUGUCUCACUUAUUGUUUAUUACAAUUAACGGCUGAUAUUAAAAUUAUGCUUGAUACAAAUAUGAAAACAACAUGGCAUGUUAAUCCACAACUUGAAUCAAUUGAUGAUCGAUUAGUGGCACAUCAGGGACAUAAUUUAAUGACAGUUGCGGCAACGAGAGUUUGGGAGGAACUUUAUGUUUGUAAAAAACCAGCAAUUGAAGAGGUGUUUAAAGUGACAUUAACAACACCCAUUGGAAAUGAACGUGCACCAGAAUUGUCAAUUGUUAGAGAUCAGGUACAUGAAGCUGCAACGAGAUUAUGGCUUAAUUAUGUUGUACUCGAGAGAAAAGCAUCGUAUCGUGUUCCAUGGGAAUUGCACAAUCAGAUACAGUCAAAAAUUCAAAAAGUCACUGGAGGACUCACGAGACUUGCGAGUAGAACAAAGGUCCGUAAAGAAGAAUCGAUUCGCGUGCGAUUGAGAUUACAUCAGAGUACAGUUGCACAAUGGACGGAGCAACAUGUUGGACUUGUUCGUGAACUUGUGGCAGCAAAAAAACUUCAACAACAACAAACAUAUCAGCAUACACAACGUUAUGUUUAUCAGGAAUGGUUACAAACUGAAACGGAAUUAACACGAGAGCGUGGACUUUGGGGACCGCCAACGCCAACAAUUCUUGAUAAAUGGAUGCUUGAUAUGACCGAGGGGCCAUGUCGAAUGAGAAAAAAAAUGAUGAAAAAUGAUCUUUUUUAUAUUCACUAUCCAUAUCGUCCGGAACUCGAGCAUCCUGAUAAUAAACAAUUGAAAUAUAAAGUUGCAACUAGUAUUGAUAGUAAGGACUAUUAUCUUAAGCAACUUGGCAAUUCUUCGGGUAUGUUUGAGAGAGAAAGAGAUCCUGUGAUUGAUGAUACUCCAUUGAAUAUGAAUGAAAUGUCUACGGAAAGUGAACCGCCAAUGGUACCAUGUACACUUGAGAGACAUGCAAGUGAACCAGAUGAAGCGCCCGAGGAUAAUGAACCCGAGGAGGACAAUAAUCAAACUGUACCCGACAAUCAAACUCUACUUCGAUUACUUGUUGAGCAUGAGAAAAUAAGUCACAUGUUUCGUGUGGCAAGAAUUCAGGGCCUUGACACCACUGAGGGGCUUUUACUUUUUGGUAAGGAGCAUUUUUAUGUGAUUGAUGGUUUUACAAUUCUCAAAUCACGUGAAAUUCGUGAUAUUGAAAGUGUACCCGAGGCUUAUGAGCCAAUUUUACCAUCGCCCGGUUCACCGAGACGAUCGCGUGCAAUGCGACAAUGUUCAAAAUUCACUUACGAGGAUAUACGCGAGGUUCAUAAACGACGUUAUCUUUUGCAACCAAUGGCACUUGAGGUGUUUAGCGGUGAUGGAAGAAAUUAUCUUCUUGCAUUUCCACGUAAAGUACGCAAUAAAGUUUAUCAAAAAUUCAUGACAUUUGCCACUGCCAUUGCUGAUAGUGCACAACAAUCAGUCGCUGGUCAAAAAAGAACGGCUAAUGUUGAACAAGCAACUGGAUUAUUGUCAAAUCUAAUUGGUGAAACAUCAGUGACACAACGUUGGGUGAGAGGUGAAAUUUCAAAUUUUCAAUAUUUAAUGCAUCUCAAUACAUUGGCGGGAAGAAGUUAUAAUGAUUUAAUGCAAUAUCCAAUAUUUCCUUGGAUUCUUGCCGAUUAUGAUAGCGAGGAAUUGGAUUUAAUGGAUCCAGCGACAUUUCGCGAUUUUGCCAAACCAAUGGGUGCACAAAGUCAGGAUCGUCUUUUACAAUUUAAAAAACGCUAUAAAGAAUGGGAUGAUCCACAUGGUGAAACACCACCUUAUCAUUAUGGAACUCAUUAUUCAUCGGCAAUGAUUGUUUGCUCAUAUUUAGUGAGAAUGGAGCCAUUCACGCAACAUUUUCUUCGUUUACAAGGUGGACAUUUUGAUCUUGCUGAUCGAAUGUUUAAUAGUGUUAAAGAUUCAUGGUUAUCGGCAUCAAAACAUAAUAUGGCCGAUGUUAAGGAAUUAAUACCGGAAUUUUUUUAUUUACCUGAAUUUCUUAUUAAUUCAAAUCAUUUUGAUUUGGGCUCAAAACAAAGUGGCGUUCAACUUGGUGAUAUUGUUCUUCCACCGUGGGCUAAACAAGAUCCACGGGAAUUUAUUCGUUGUCAUCGUUUGGCAUUGGAAUGCGAUUAUGUUUCACAGCAUCUUCAUCAUUGGAUUGAUUUAAUUUUUGGAUGUAAACAAAAUGGAACGGGUGCUGUUGAAGCUGUUAACGUCUUCCAUCAUCUUUUUUAUGAGGGAAACGUUGAUAUUUAUAACAUUGAUGAUCCAUUGAAGAAGAAUGCAACAAUUGGUUUCAUCAAUAAUUUUGGACAAAUUCCAAAGCAACUUUUUAAGAAACCUCAUCCUGCCAAGAAAAUGAAUCAGAGAACAAGUGUCAUUGAUCCUGGUCCAAUUACUCCUGGUCUUAGCAUCACAACAUCCGAUAGAUUAUUUUUCCACAAUCUUGAUAAUCUGAAACCAUCUCUUCAGCCAAUCAAAGAACUGAAAAGUCCUGUGGGACAAAUUCUUCACGUGGACAAGGCUGUGUUGGCGGUUGAACAAAAUAAAACACUGAUUCCACCUUCGUAUAAUAAAUAUGUUGCAUGGGGCUUUGCGGAUCAUUCACUUAGAAUAGGGAAUUACGAUAGUGAUAAAGCAAUAUUUGUAUGUGAAACAAUGAUGCAAAGUAGCGGUGAAAUUGUUGCCUGCGUUUGUCCAUCGUCAAAACUUAUAGUUACCGCUGGCACAAGUUCUGUGGUGACAGUGUGGGAGUACGCGAGAAGACAAUUGUCGAUAAAACAAUGUCUUUAUGGACACACUGAUGCUGUUACAUGUUUGUCAUCAAGCCCCGCGUAUAAUGUUAUUGUUUCUGGUUCACGAGAUGGUACGGCAAUUAUUUGGGAUUUGUCGCGUUGUUUAUUCGUAAGACAACUUCGAGGACACGCAGGACCUGUUGCUGCCGUUGCAAUUAAUGAUCUAACGGGUGAUAUUGCAACUUGCGCUGCGACAUGGCUUCAUGUUUGGAGUAUAAAUGGAGAAGAAUUGGCGAGUGUUAAUACUUGUGUGGGAAGAGCCGAUCGAAUGCAACAAAUUCUUUGUGUUGCUUUUAGUCAAACGCACGAAUGGGAUUCUCAAAAUGUAAUAAUGACUGGCUCAACUGAUGGUGUCGCACGAAUGUGGUCGAUGGAUUACGUUCAAGUGCCAGGAGAAGAGGAGAAACCGGAAAUUAAUGAAAUUGAAAAUUCGAAAAAAGAGGAACAAACAAAGGAAGAAAAUACAAAGAAACGAGUUCACGAAUUAGUCAAACAAAUGAGUAUUUCCGCGGAAAAUUCGGGUGGUACACUCGCGAAAAGUGGUUCGGAAAGUAGUUUAUCAGAAUCGGAAAAUACAAAAGAAGCAUCUAGAACGCAUGAAGAAAAAGAAGAAUGUUCAGAUAAUGAAUCAAGUAAUGGUUCUGGAAAUAAAUUAUCACCGCAGACUAGUUCAUCGUCAACGGUUGUUCUUAGAAGAAAAAGUCGCUGCAAUCCAUUGUUUAGAAAAAGCGAGGGUGGCGGACGUGCUGACAGUGAAGGCACUCAAGUCACUGAAUCGACGAGCAAUAUUGCCGAUAGUGAAGGCGCAUUGAGAACAAGUAAAAGUGAUACGAGUUUAACGGAUAGCUUUGUGGUGGUGACGGAAGCAGAUACAAAACCAAAGAAAAUUAAUCCACAAAAUAUACUUCGAGACGGAUUUAAAUGGCAAAGACAAUUGGUAUUUCGUAGUAAAUUAACAAUGCAUACUGCAUAUGAUCGAAAGGAUAAUACGGAGCCUGCAUCUAUUACAGCCCUUGCAGUAUCAAGGGAUCAUAGAACAAUUUAUGUAGGUGAUACAAGAGGAAGAGUUUUCUCUUGGAGUGUUUGCGAACAGCCAGGACGAACGGUAGCUGAUCAUUGGUUAAAAGAUGAAGGAGCAGAUUCAUGUGUCGGUUGUGGAGUGAGAUUUACUCUCUACGAGAGGAGACAUCAUUGUCGCAAUUGCGGACAAGUUUUCUGUAACAGGUGUAGCAGAUUUGAAUCAAAGAUUUCACGCCUCGGAAUUCUAAAGCCAGUUCGUGUUUGCCAAGUCUGUCAUUUAUCACUUCGAUCACAGGUUUCCGUGGACAGUAAUACUUAAUAAAAAAAAAAAAAAAUUAAUGUCAUUUUAAACUGAAGGAAACACAAAUAAUUUGUUAAAUUCUGAGGAUUUGUACAUAGAAACUCGGGAAGAGUUUUACGUUUACAGAUUCUUGUAAAUUGAAUAUCAAUUUUUCAUUAAUUUGCAUAUUCCAAAUGCAUAAAAUGACAUUCCAGAGAAAAUAGGUAGACGAGAAUAAUCGUUUACGUCAUGAAAUAUUUGUUAAGAAGCUUUUUAAUCGUUAAUUUUAAUCUCUCCGGUAAUGCUAAAUGCCUUAACAUGCAAUUUAUUUUUCCAAUGUUGCAAAAUUUAGCGAGAGACGAUCUUUUUUUGUUUAUCGAUAAAACAAUUUUUUUUAACUUUUUCAUUAUUUCUCUAGUUCAUUUUUUUAUUUGUUUUUUUUUGUUAUUUAAUAUCGUCUAACUGAAAGUGUGAUUUUUUUAAUUUAAGUAUUUUUAUUUAAUUUUAAAUUGAUUUCAAUGUGAUUAAUUUAAAUUUAAAUUCAUUUAGUUAAUUAUGAAGUAAUUAAUAUAAUGAAUUAUUAAAAUUUAAUUAGUUUUAACUUUAAUAUAAUUUUUAAAAAGAAUUACUUUAUAAUUAAUAAAUUUUAAGAAUUUAUUUAUUAUUUUUAUUAUAUUAUUUAUUAUUUUAUGUAUUGUUUUUAUUAUUAUUUUUUUAUUGUUAUUAUUAUAUUUAAUAUUAUUAUUAUAUUAUGCAUUAUUUAAUUUUUUUUAGUCUAAAUACUAAAAAAAUACAAAUUUUUUAAAAUGUGCAAUAAUUUUUUUUUAUUGUGAAAUUUUUGAAGGCUAGAUUUAAAAGAAGAUAGAGUUCAUAAAGAGACAGAAUUCUUGUUAUGCUCACUGGAUGAUCAAAAAAAAAAAUGGCAAAAAAGAGAAUAAAAAAUAAAACUAGUGAUUGCGUAACGACGAAGAUUAGAGAAAAAUCUUUCUAUUUUAUAAAUAAUUGCGAGAUAUGAGACGAGAAAGUUACAAAUAUGUAAAAGAGACUCAAAUAUUGCGUGUGUUCUCACGGCUUAUUUUAAAUAGCGAACAUAAAAUUCUAUAAUAGACAAUACUUGUACCUACAAUUAGGGAGAAUAUUUGGAACCAUAGUUUCUAUCUAGCGGUAAAACACCACAAAAACAAUUAUUAAUGCAAAAAAAAAAAAUCCAUUCACUUGUUCACAAAUUAAUAUAAGAAUAUUUAUAUGUAUUGUGUAAAAAAGAAUUCCUUUGGAGGCUUUUUUCUCAAAAAAAAAAAAAUCACGUUUAGAGAUGCUUGACUUUUUUUUAAAAUAAAAUUAAAAAAAAAGACUAUUAAUAUGGAUUCAGUAAAAAUAUGUCAUUCAUUUUUUUUAAGUUAAAUAACAAAGCGGCGAUUAACCAACUGGAUAAUACGCCAAUUUUUAAAAAGUGGAAAAAAAACCCAGAUGAUGUAAACAAAAAAAAGAGAGUAAAUUCUAAAAAAAAAGAAAAGAAAUUCUUUACCAAAGAUAUACAAAAAAUGAGAAAAUUGCAUUAUGUGAUGUAGAAUUAAUUAGAGAAAAAUCGAAAGAAUCGUGAAAAUUGAUUCUAUUUUGUGUCAAAUUAAGAAAAUUUUUUGUUGAGUUUAUAAUAUGUAAGAUUGUAUUCCUUGUUCUAUUGUUGUAAUAAUUGUAUAAUCGAGAAAUUAUUAUUAUUAAUAUUAUGAGAAAAAAAAUUAUUAUAUAAAUAAAUUAGCGUAUAUUAUUAUAAGUUAAAUGCUGUUGCGAUGGCACAAAAAUAAUUUCUAGUCAAAUAUUUAGUUAUAGUGCCUUUUAAAGUUGCAAACGUUUUUUUUUUAUUCAUAAUGUAAAGAAAAUAAGUUAUG